AUGAUUUGGGAGUUUGCCCCACUCGAAGGGACCUCGAGUAUCGGCCUGACAAAUAUCCAGCGGACUGUGAGGCAUCAAGCAUUUGACGCAACAUUCGACCAGGAUGAAUUGGUCGAUGCCCGAAAAUGGCACCAAACAUUCCAGCUGAGCAGUCUCCCCAAAGGCAACACGGCGUUUUCAAGAUCCAGCGGCCCUGGAGGCCAACAUGCCCAGACCCAGCGCAGUCGCACCGCCAACAUAGAUGACAACUAUGCGAAGCUCUUUGAGGAGCUCCAGCGGUUGUACAAGAAUACAGUUCCUGGCGAGUCCGGCCCAGAUAAGACUCACAAAUAUGAAGCGUUAGACUCACGUAUCCCGACCCUAAUUCGUAAUGGCCUCCAGGAGAAAAAGCGAAGCUUUUUCGUCGUCGUGGGCGAUCGCUCCAAAGAUGCCAUUGUUCACCUGUACUAUAUCAUGUCCAGCAUGGAUAUGAGACAAAACAAGUCGGUUCUCUGGGCGUACAAGAACAAACUGCUCGGCUUCACCAGUCACCGGAAGAAGCGCGAAAACAAGAUAAAGAAGGAGAUCAAGCGUGGUACCCGGGAGGCCAACUCGGAAGAUCCUUUCGAACUCUUCAUCUCUCUUCACGACAUUCGAUAUGUCUACUACAAGGAGACGGAGAAGAUUCUAGGCAAUACAUAUGGCAUGUGCAUCCUACAAGACUUCGAGGCCAUUACACCGAAUAUUCUCGCUCGGUGUAUCGAGACUGUUGAGGGUGGAGGCUUGGUCGUUCUGCUACUGAAAGGCAUGAACAGUCUGAAACAGCUAUACACCAUGUCUAUGGAUGUCCACUCCCGGUACCGGACUGAAGCCCACGACGAUGUCGUUGCGAGGUUCAACGAGCGUUUCAUCCUGUCUCUGGGCAACUGCGAGUCGUGCCUGGUCAUUGACGAUGAGCUGAACGUUCUCCCCAUAUCCGGUGGAAAGGGGGUAAAACCACUCCCGCCUCCAGACCAAGACGAGGCGUCGAGCACGACAAAAGACGAACUGCAAAAAAUCAAAGACUCCCUUAUAGAUUCACAACCCAUCGGAUCACUCGUGCAACUAGCGCGCACAACCGAUCAAGCAAAAUCGUUGCUUACAUUCGUCGACGCAAUUGCCGAGAAAACACUCAGAAACACGGUCACGUUGACGGCAGCUCGUGGUCGAGGCAAAUCGGCAGCAAUGGGUGUUGCAAUUGCGGCUGCCGUGGCUUAUGGAUACAGCAAUAUAUUCAUCACCUCGCCGUCUCCAGAAAAUUUGAAGACGCUGUUCGAGUUCGUGUUCAAAGGAUUUGACGCGCUGGAUUAUAAGGAUCAUGCGGAUUACUCUAUUAUCCAAUCCACAAACCCCGACUUCAACAAGGCCAUUGUUAGAGUGAACAUUCACAGGAACCAUCGGCAAACGAUCCAAUACAUCCGCCCGCAGGAUAGCCACAUGCUCGGACAAGCCGAGCUGGUCGUUAUUGAUGAAGCAGCAGCCAUCCCGCUGCCGCUGGUUCGCAAACUUAUGGGCCCCUACUUGGUGUUCAUGGCGUCAACCAUCAGUGGAUACGAAGGCACAGGCAGGUCGCUGUCACUGAAGCUCAUAAAGCAACUGAGAGAACAGUCCAGAUCUAGUGCCACUGCGAACGGUGGUGGUGCUAUUGAGGUGGACAGGUCAAGCGGAAAGAUGGCGAAAGAAACAAGUUCGGUAUUCCAAGGCGGACGAUCUCUCAAGGAAAUCACACUCUCUGAGCCUAUCCGUUACGCUCAAGGCGAUGCGGUUGAGAAAUGGCUGAACACUUUGCUCUGCUUGGAUGCAACACUUCCCAAAUCAAAACUCAAUACCCAGGGAUGUCCGGAUCCUUCACAGUGUGAACUGUUGCAUGUAAACCGCGACACUUUGUUUUCCUUUCACCCAGUCUCGGAGAGAUUCCUGCAACAAAUGGUAGCGCUAUAUGUGGCCAGUCAUUAUAAGAACUCGCCCAACGACCUUCAGCUCAUGAGCGACGCCCCGGCUCACGAACUCUUCGUCCUUACUGCUCCUAUUGUCGAAGGCAGGCUUCCCGAACCUUUGUGCGUUAUCCAGGUGUCUCUCGAGGGCAAGGUCAGCAGACAGAGCAUCUUGAAUAGCUUGAGCAGGGGCCAGCAGCCUGCCGGUGAUCUGAUUCCUUGGCUUGUGAGCCAACAGUUCCAGGACGACGAGUUUGCUUCUCUUUCUGGGGCCCGGGUUGUUCGGAUAGCGACAAAUCCAGAUUACAUGUCCAUGGGAUACGGGUCCAGAGCCCUUGAGCUUCUCGUGGAUUAUUACGAGGGCAAAUUCGCGGAUCUCACCGAGGAUGUGGGCACUGCUGUCCAGCGCUCCAUUCCUAGGGUGACUGAUGCCGAGCUUGCAGAAGCCAGCCUGUUUGAUGACAUCAAGGUCAGGGACAUGAACGAGCUGCCGCCACUUUUCUCCAAACUGGCCGAAAGACGGCCACGGCGGCUUGAUUAUGUUGGUGUCAGUUACGGACUCACUCAACCUCUGCACAAAUUUUGGAAGCGAGCGUCUUUUGCUCCAGUCUACCUCAGACAAACGGCAAAUGACCUCACAGGCGAGCACACGUGUGUCAUGCUGAGACCCCUCAAAGACGGCAACGACCAAAGUUGGCUUGGGGCCUUUGCAAAAGACUUUCAUCGGCGCUUUCUCUCGCUUUUGUCUUACAAAUUUCGAGAAUUUCCCUCGAUUUUGGCCUUGACCAUCGAAGAGUCGGCCAUUGAGGGAGCCAAACUGGAGCCGACAAACGAGCCCGCUCUUAUCAAGAAGUCUGAUCUUGACGGGCUGUUGACCCCUUUCGACCACAAACGACUCGAGUCGUACUCGAAUGGGAUUUUGGACUACCACGUGGUUCUAGAUCUCAUACCGACUGUCGCAUACCUGUACUUUACGGGCCGCCUCAAGUCCGAUAGCAAGCUAAGCCAAUUGCAGCAGGCUAUUUUGCUUGCCGUCGGCCUACAGCGAAAGGAGAUGGAUGUUAUUGCAACAGAGCUUUCAGUUCCGUCAUCGCAGCUCCUAGCGAUUUUCAUGAAGAUCAUGCGGAAGAUCACCCUACACCUCGGGUCACUCAUCUCGGGAGCCAUCGAGGCCGAGAUGCCAGGCGCCAACAAAAUCGGAGUCAAUCCUGAGAAUGCGGCCGGGGUGCACGAUGACGAGAUCAUUGACAACAAGUAUUUGCCGCUGGAGAUGAAUCUCGACGACGAACUGGCGGAAGGCGGUGAUGAAGCAAUGAAGGAGCUGAGAGCAAGGCAGAGAGAUCUCAUCGACUCUUUGCCGUUGGACCAAUACGAAAUUGAGGGCGAUGGUGCAGCUUGGGAAGACGCCGAGAAACGGGUUCUGAAGGCGACCAAGAGCGGCCAAUCCAACCCGCUGGUGAGUGUCAAGACCCACAAGGUAAAGCGAAAGGCCGAAUCCGAAGCUGUAGAGAAAGCGGACGAUGGGUUUGGAGUUAGGGGACACGGAAAAUCCAAGAAGGCCAGGAAGGACAAGGAAAAGAGGAGGUGA